UGAAUACAUCUAAUCCCUCUCGCUCUCCACUUCUCUCUCUCUCGACGACAAAAGUUUCCUCCUCUAUAUAUAUACUUCAACCGCAACAGUUGCAGAAAUCUCAUUGAAACAUAACCCCCAAAAAAGAAAAGAAGCGAUGACUACUCCAAUCAGAUUUAUAUCCCUAGCUCUCGUGAUCUCCUCGGUGUUACUACUCUGCUUGUCUCUCGGCGGCGUCACGGCGAAGGUGUCGAUGCCGAACGAGGCGGAAAUGCGGCGGAUGUACGAGCUGUGGCUUGUGGAGAAUGGGAAGAGCUAUAACGGUCUAGACGAGAGGGAGAUACGGUACCAGAUCUUCAAGGACAACGUGAGGUUCGUGCAAGAGCACAACUCGUCCCCUAAUCAGAGUUUCGAACUCGGGUUGACCCGGUUCGCCGAUCUGACGAACGAGGAGUUUCGAGCGAUUUACUUGAGGAGGAAGAUGGAGAGGACUAGAGAUUCGGUGAAGGCCGAGAGGUAUUUGUAUAAGGUCGGAGAUAGUUUGCCUGAUGAAGUCGAUUGGAGAGAGAAAGGCGCCGUUGUUCCAGUCAAAAACCAAGGAGGCUGUGGAGAACACUCGUGUUGUUACCAUCGAUGGUUAUGAGGAUGUUCCUCAAAACGACGAGAACUCAUUGAAGAAAGCUCUUGCUAAUCAACCCAUUAGCGUCGCCAUUGAAGCUGGUGGCCGAGAAUUCCAGCUUUACAAAUCCGGUGUGUUUACAGGAACAUGUGGAACAGCUUUGGACCAUGGUGUGGUAGCCGUGGGAUACGGAUCAUCAGGUGGUCAAGACUACUGGAUCAUUCGUAACUCGUGGGGAUCGAACUGGGGAGAGAGCGGAUACGUCAAGCUCGAACGUAACAUCGAAGCUUCGUCUGGGAAAUGCGGUGUGGCAAUGAUGGCUUCGUACCCUACAAAGUCAUCGAGCUCAAACCCACCAAAACCGCCACCGCCUGCACCGGUUGUUUGUGACGAGUCUUACACUUGCGAAGCCAAGUCCACUUGUUGUUGUCUCUAUGAGUACGAAGGCAAAUGCUAUAGCUGGGGAUGUUGUCCGUUCGAGUCAGCCACUUGCUGCGACGACAGCUCUAGCUGCUGCCCUCAGUCAUACCCUGUCUGCGAUUUGGAGGCCGGUUCUUGUAGAAUGAAGGGAAACAGUCCGUUAAGCGUAAAAGCUUUGACACGAGGCCCAGCGAUUGCGACCACAAAAGCUACAAACGUGCUUCUAAGCAGCGCUUGAGGAGAGACGAAACUAAAUAAAGAACCGAUUUGUUUUUCAACUUUUCAUCCUAAGUUGCCAAGAUGCGUCUUCUUUGUCUUCAAGAUUGGAUCAUGGUUUGAUUACUCUCGUUAGUUUUAAAACGUUAUCUUGGAUUUUAUUUGAUUUUCUGUAAAUGAACAAGAAGAAAUCUGAUAUUUGCUCCAUAGCAAUAUUGUAAUCUUCCUUGAAUAAUAAAAUUUGACCCAAUUGAAGUUCAAAAGCCCCCUUCCAUAAGGC